CUCUUGCACGCUAUGGCCACCGUCUUCUGCGCGGAUCGUAGCAAGUUCGAGAAAUCAGGAAGCUCUCGAAUUGGGGGUGUUUCGGAAUUUCCUCUCGUAUUUUGCCUGCCAGAUUGCCGCAGGAUCGUCGGCCAACCUACAUCGGAUGCCAUACUCCUCGCAGGGAAGAUGAUGUCGUCUUUCUUCUGCUUCUUCUCCUUUUUUUGGGGACCUAAUUUAGUGGUGUAGUUUUGCUGUGAGAACUCUUGUGAUCAUUCGUGUUUCUUGAGGGGUCCAGGAUCUGGAGUGCAGGAGUUGAUGUGUGGGAGAACCUGUGCGAAGAUCAGGGCUCAGGAGAGGGGUAUGUACAACUCACAGGUUGCCGAUGCUGAUGUGUUCUUGGAUGCUUGGAUGCUUGGAGACUUCACAAUAGUGAUGGUGUCUCGUCCCUGGAAAUUGACCAGCUUGCGCUGGUCAAUUUGGAGGACUUGAAGACUGAAGGAGGGCCAAGUGGAUGGCAAAGACGACGGAAGACCCCGUGACUCGAAGUUUUCAUUGGGCUUGUGCGAGAUCCUGCAGAUGAGACUCGGAGGAAUGUAGUUAGAAUGUGUCGCGGAGGUCGGAGAAAAUCUUCCACCAUCAUCUGGGACGAAAGUUUUGACCGAGUACAGUUUUCAGCAGAUGUUGCAAGUUGUCAAAUCCUCAACAAGCGUGACAACCAAAAAGGAAAUGCCAAAGUAGAGGAGACAAAGAUCUCGUCCAAGUUCAACGUCAUUUAGCUGUCAAAUGCAGAGGACAAAGGGUGGACUACAUGAUAGCUUGCUGGAAAAGUACCCACUAUACCUUGUCUCCAAUGAUCAGUUAAAAACUAUACAUCGAACAGCUUGUCCCGUUGACAUUUUUUCAUUAAAAGUAUGCAUUCUGUAUGUUUCUUUUGUUGUUGGCCUCAGUAGGAGUUGAGAAAAAUUACCUGAGAUUCUCACUUUAUUCUUGUAAAGUCCAAAGUACUCUACCUUGACAAACUCUCAACAUUGUAGCAUUCACUGGACCUACGAGAGUAGAUUUGCUAGACGUCCUAUAUGACUCAC